AUGGCCGCCCCACAACAGAAUACCGUUUCGACCGCCGUCGACGCAGAUGAUAUCAAUGCUUGGAUUGGUCGAUUCAAAGAUACCUUGAACAAGCCAGAGACAAUCACAAAGCCAACCACUGGCCCCAACAGCUGGACUAGCAGCUUUCUUUCCUGUUUCGCUCCAGUUGAUACCUGCUUGAUCACUUGCUGCUGCCCAUGUAUUACCUUCAGCAAGACCCACCACAGAUUGCGCAAGGACCCUAACCUUGCUGGCUUCUCCCCAGUCAAUACUACUUGUUUGGGAUUCUGGCUCUCUGGCUGCAUCUGUUUGCCAUGGCUCUUCCAACUCAUCCAAAAGGGUGAGGUCCGCGAACGAUAUAACAUUCAAGGAGACUUCCCAAUCGACGCUGUUAAGGCCUGCUGCUGCUUGUGCUGUGAUUUGAUCCAGACCGAUAAGGAAGUUGCCCACCAGAUUGCUCAAGGAAACAUCCCAGCCGUUACACAAGAACUCAAGCCAGCCGAGGGAAUGGCAUACCAAGCCCCUGCUGCUCCAGCACCCGUCCCACAGUAA